GCCACCUCCAAAGGAUAAUUAUAAUCCCAAGGACUUUCUACCACAACAACCGCCACCUUGACCCCAAAGAAAUGGCACCAAAACUAUCAUUGUCUGGACAAAUAAAAUGAAGCCACCUUCACAUGCAUUCCUUCAUUUGCACACAACCUAUGCCAUUGACUCCUCUCAUCAAAUUUGGCCCAAAAUACAUGUAAAACACUUAUUCACCUCUUUCCCUAUGCACAUAAUUUACCCCUUUUUCUUUUGUCUUCCAACAGCUUAGCAAAGGAAAUAAUGGUUUCUUGAAGAUAUGGUAACCUAAAUCAAAAUAUUAUAAGCUUCUUCAUACCAUACUGUUCAUCAAUAUUUGAACCCAUUAAAGGGUUUCAAAAACUAAGAGUAAUUUCAAACUUUCUUCAUUUAAAGAACUAAAAUUCCCCAAAUUCCCAUUAUGAUGAUAGUGGAAAGUACUUAGCUCAAAGUAUUAGGUAAAAAGUAUUUGUUAAGUUAUCCCCCACACCACCAAAAUUGUUUGAAUUAAGACCAAACUUCACUGACUCUAUUAACCAACAACUCCCCCUUCUUCCCCAUUAUAUAUAUGCAAAGCCUUCAAUCCUCUGUUUCCAUCCUCAGAUCUCUGCCUUGCCCCCUCUGUUCUACUUGUUAAAUUUGUUACCUUCUAAUGGCGAGCUUCCAUGGUGGACUUGUUUGCCUCCUGGUUCUUGGGUUCUGCAUGGUGCACCCGACCUCGGCUACUGUUUAUACUGUCGGAGACACUUCUGGUUGGUCUCUCGGUGUUGAUUAUGGCACGUGGGCUUCUGCGAAGAACUUUGUCGUCGGCGACAAACUUGCGUUCAACUAUGCCGGAGGCCACACGGUGGACGAAGUUAGUGCCAGUGACUACAAAGCAUGCUCGGCUGGAAGCUCCAUAACUUCCGACAGUUCAGGCUCCACCACCAUCACCUUAAAAACCGCCGGGACUCACUACUUCAUUUGCAGCUCCAUGGGGCAUUGCGAUGGCGGCAUGAAACUCUCCGUCACAGUCGCUGCUGCCGGAGGAUCGUCCACUUCUCCGUCGUCAGGGGGCGGCAGCUCCACCACUCCGACGUCCCCAGCAAGCGACACCCCUUCCGUCACCGGAACCACGCCGACGACGAAGCUUCCAGCUGGUUCCUCGAAUUCAGGGUCGUCUCUUUCCCCCAAAUUCUACGCGAUUUUGGUAGGUUCAUUGGUGUUGGCUGUGGGUUAUUAAGAAAUUGAGAUUAUAUGCGUAAAUGUUUCUGAGAUUUGAGAUCGGCGUUGGUUUGAAUGUUGCCGGUUACCGUUGGUCUAUUUUCCACAUACUUAAUUAGUAAAUUAAUUUUGCAUUUUAAAGCUAA